AUGGGAUUAGUGGUAGACCAACCGAAGCAAGGAGGAGGGAACUCGAACGAUGGCAAUACAGCCAGGAGGUUUUUUGUUGAGCGUUCAAAAUCUGCGUCUAUAACGGGCCUAGAUCCUGACAUCAUAAAAAGAUUUGCCAAUAUACUUAGAGUAAUAUCUUGCGAAUUUAGUGUAAACUACGCUAAUUUAAAAAAAUACUGCAUCGAAGCUGCAAAAAUGUGCAUACAACUGUAUGACUGGUAUAAAAUGAGUGCAUCUGUGCACAAACUGCUAAUACACGGAGCAGACAUAAUCAAGGAGCUGCCUUUACCUGUAGGAUUAUUUUCUGAAGAUGUGUUGGUGACUAAUCAGAAGGAAUCAAAAGUGUACGACUUUUCCAUGCUAGGAAAAUCUCCAGAAUCCAUACAAAUACAGACAUUGUGCACUGGAUGCUAA